AUGGCAGCGGCCGGGGGCCGGGAGCGGGCGGGCGGGUCUGCCUGCCCCCGCGGCCCGCGGGGGAAGAAGGCCCGUCCGGGAAAGUUUGCGGCGUGCCCGGAGGGGGGGGGGGGGGCGGCGGCGGCGGUGGUGGUGGGGGGAGUUGGCGGCACCAGAACAAAGCCGCACGUGGGGCAGAGGCCGCGGCGGCGCGGGGGCUCCGCUCGCCGCCCACGCCCAGCUCGGGGAACGGCAGCGGCGUAUCGACACGUGCAGCAGGAAAUAAUGAAGCUUUCUGUGGAUGUUGCAGUAGUGUGUUUGUGGAGGAAGUUACUUUUUACGGAAAACGGGGUUGAUAUGCAGGUUUAUACCUCUAAAAAUCCAACAUGGUGUACCAAAAAGAUGGAAGAAAGAUACCAGACUGCAGCAAAGCAAGAUAUACAGCAAGUGCUUCAAACAUCAAGUGCUACAUUAAAAUUUUUAAUAACUCAUAAUGCAGCUGCUUUUCAAGAAACCUUUGAAGUGCUUAUCAGAUUGGCUGAGAAUUACACAAGCACACUUUUCUGCAAUGCAUAUAGAAACAUGGCUGCUGAGGCUACUACAUGUGUUCCGGAGUUUUUCACAGAUGUUGGACUCUUCAUAUUUGGCACAGACGUUAGCACAGAGAAAUUUGUCAAGAGAUUUUCUGACACCCUGUUCCCAGUAGUCUACAACCAUGUGAUUAACCGUGGUCUGACUGACAUUUCACUGGAAUAUGCGGAGUGCAUCCAUGGUAACGUUUCCAAAAAGGCCGUAGGACAAAUGGGAAGAUCACUGUUACCCAGCCGAACUUUCUUGCAGGCUCUGAAUUUGGGGAUUGAAGUGAUCAAUGCAACAGAUCAUCUGCAUUUCUCUAAAGACUGCAGCAGAGCUUUACUGAGAGUGCGGUACUGCCCUCAUUGCCAAGGGCUGACUCUGGGUAAGCCCUGUAUGGGCUACUGCCUCAACGUCAUCCGAGGCUGCUUAGGUGACACGGCAGAAGUUGAACUUCAUUGGCGAGGAUAUAUUCAGUCACUGGAGGAGCUCUCAAGUGCCAUGAGUGGAACAUACGACACUGAGCACAUGCUUCUAAACUUUCAUUCACUUCUUAAUGAUGCUCUUGUAUAGGCUCGCAUCAAUGGACCAGGAUUGCCUGAGCAGGUGAACAAGGUAUGUGGUCCUCCUGUGAGGAAGCCUACACAGUCUCCAGGUCGCUCCUUUGAUCAGAACAAAGAUAAUCAAGGGUUGAAGAUGUUCUCAAGAGACAGUGAAGAAACCCUUGCCAACAGAAGAAAAGAAUUUAUCAGCCACCUCCGGCUCUACGGAGCCUUUUACGGCGGCCUGGCUGAUCAGCCGUGCAGUAAUGAGUUGGCAGCUGCUGAUGGACUCCCGUGUUGGAAUGGAGAAGAUGUUGUAAGAAGCUAUACUCAUCAUGUGGUUGGCAGUGGAAUCAAAGCUCAGUCUGCAAAUCCAGAAGUAAAAGCGAAGGGAGCAGAUCCUGUAAUAAGUCAAAUUAUUGACAAGCUGAAACAUGUUAUUCAGCUGUUGCAGGGCAAAUCAUUUCCUAAAUAUGAUAAAUGGGAUCUCCAACAAACAGGCAGUGGUGGAGUUGUAGAUGAACAUAUCAGUGGAGAUUGUGAUGAUGAAGUUGGUUGCGAAGGAUCAGGAAGUGGAGAAGUCAAAAGAAUCCUGAAAAUUACAGACUGGAUGCCAGACAAGACGAACCUCAGUGACGUAAAGCAAAUCCAUCAAACCAACGGCGGCAGCACUUUAGACACAACUGGAGCGGGAUGUACAACAAUGGCUGAUUAGAUGACAUUUAUGCUGAUUAGUUUGGUACAAGAGUUUACAGGACCAUGCAGUGAAACUGCUCCAGGUAUUUCUGACCCAAAGGAUCUCCUUGAUCCAGUUCACCUUGCAAGUUCCAAGGAACAACGGUUCCUGAAGAGGCUGCGGGCGCUGCCCCGGGACACCGAAGCUCCUUCUCCUGGUUUGCCAUUAGACAACCGCGAGCUGGUGCCUCGGCGCUGUGGGCGGGGCGGAGGGUACCCGACUGCGAUUGGCUCAGGGCCCCGCAGCGCCUGGCGAUUGGCUGUCACCGCGGCUGCUCAGCGCCCGCCCCUCGGAAGGCUCUCACGCCGCCAUUUUCGGUUGGAGGUACAGGGGUUUAACCGGUCCUGGCCCCGCCAAACAGCUGCGCAGGCGUGGUUUGCCCGUGGUAAAGCCACACGGGCUGCUCCUGACACCUUCUUGUCCUUCACGCGCCUGGGCAAGGUUUCCCAGAGAAUUUAG